GACAUGUUCAACGAAGCCUCGAGACGCCUCUUCGCCGCCACGCGAGGAAGAGCCUACUUCCGCAGCGUCAAGAUCCUCAUCCCGAAGUCCUGGUCCUUCACUGCCGUCAACGACACGGCACUCAGCGAGAACUUCGAGGACAGUGAUGUUCGCAUCGACAUAGCGAACAGCGUGUACAAAAACCAGCCGUACACCCAGCAGACAGGUACAUGUGGAACACCUGGGCAGUACAUUCACCUGACGCCGGAGUACCUCACCGACAGAGCCCAGGCCGCCUGGUGGGGGCCAAGAGGCAAGGCGUUCCUGAUGGAGUGGGCGAAGUUUCGGUGGGGCGUGUUCGACGAGCUGGGCUACCCGGGCGACGACAGCUUCCCGCUCUUCUACUCGAACUCCGCCGACGGGGGCACCGUGUACCCGACGUACUGCGCGGACACGCUCGUUGAAGGUCGCAUGAUCGACAAGGGCGGGAGGGGCGCCUGUGGCCUGAACGAGAUGGGGGAUCCCGACGACAACUGCCGAUUCCUGCCCUACCGGAGCCAGACCGCUGCCUCGUCGCUCAUGUCGUACCCCUUCAUCUUCAGCGAUACUAUCGUGGACUUCUGCGACGAGGCGAGCAGCGACCGCCCACACAACCCCCACGCGCCCACGAAGCAGAACCUCUUCUGUCGAGGAAAAUCGGUCUGGGAGGUGAUGAGGGAACACCCCGAUUUUGCGGACGGCAACAACCCCCCGACGGAGCGCUACGUCGACCCCGAGGUGGCGCUCGUGCAGCACGUGGACGCCAACUACGCCCUGGUUCUCGACUAUUCUGGCAGCAUGAACGACCACUACCGCAUCCUCAAGCUGCAGAAGACGGCCCGGCGCUGGCUGCUGCACGAGGUCGCGGACGGCAGCGAGGUCGCCAUCAUCAAGUUCUCCAAACACGCCAAGUUGGUGCACGGCCUCUCCCGUAUUGAAGGUGCUGAAUCUCGCAAAGCCUUGGCAGAAUCCCUUGACGUGACAGCUGACGGAGGGACCAGCAUUGGGGCAGGACUCUACGCGGCCGUCAAGAAGAUCUUGAAAGGCAGGAAAAACCCGGUCAUUCUCCUGAUCACAGACGGCGAGGAGAAUGAGAACCCGCGGAUUGACCACAUCAUUGACCACGUCAUCGCCUCGGGAGUGAGGGUCGUCACCGUCGCCUUCGGCGAGGAGGCGGACCCCAAGCUGGAACGCGUCGCACAGGUCACGGGAGGCAAGACGUUCACGGUCAACGACAUCGACGAAGGACACAUGCUCGAGGACGCCUUCCACGGGGCGCUCACCUACCAGCCCCCGCCCUCGCGCCAGAAUGCUACGGUGACGAUCGACGAGAAGGUCUACAGAGGGUCGGGAGACACAGCCAGCGAGACCUUCCUGGUGGACUUCACCGUCGGCAGGAACUUGGUCUUCCGGCUCGACACGGACGACAGGGCGCACGUGACGUCAUCUCCGCACCUGAUCCGUCCCACCGGAGGCAUCAUCGGGGGCGCGGAGUUCGACCCUUCUUCCUUCGUGUGGACGAUCAAUGUGCCGAUGGCUGAGCAAGGGGAGUGGAAAUGGCAGGUCGGAGUCUCAGGCAACCCCGAGAAGUUCGUGAGAGUAAAAAUCACUGCACAAACCCGGGACCCCGACAUUCACCCCAUCACCACCAAAGCCUGGAUGAGCAGCGGUGCACAUGAUGUUAAUGCUACCACCGACAGGGUUAUCAUAUACGCAGAGGUGAAGCAAGGGAAUAACCCAGUAGUCAAUGCGCGGGUGAUCGCCUUGGUGACGCCGCCCAACGAGUCCGACAGGGGCGAGGUCUACGAGCUCUUGGACAACGGGCAGGGGGCAGACAUCCAGGCAGGGGACGGAAUCUACUCUCGUUACAUGACGCGAUACACCACGACUGGCAGGUACAGCGUCAAGGCUCAGGUAACCGACGGAGGCACGGCGGUCAUCAACAGGGGCUUCCUCACGGCUCCGGCUCAGCGCACGCGUCGUGAUCUCAGGGAGACGAUUGAAGAGAGACCACCAUACUGCUGCGGAAACAUAAUCCCUCUUGACCAGGAAAAUGCUUUCAAUACUGGGACAUUCAACAGAAUCUCUGUUGCUGGAUCUGUCAAGGUCAUAGAGAUCCCCGAGGGCGACACGCAGCCGCCUUCUCCCGUCCGCGACUUCAAGGUGUCCCUCGGCUGCUGCAGCGACCUUGGCGACGCCUCCCACAACCUGACUCUUACCUGGACGGCGCCCGGAGAUGAUUUGGAUGACGGCACAGUCUCAAGUUAUGUGGUCCGUGUGAGUACCAGCGCAUCUGAUUUACAAGAGGAUGCUUUUAAUGACGCUCCUAAUGACACCCUCGUGAACAUUAGUUCUGCCAUGGACGGUAUACUUGUCAGAGCUGGCGAAAAGGUGACCGUCAAUGUGUAUCUAGAUCUAGACCUUCACCAGUCCAAUUAUUUUGCGCUGCGAGCCAUCGACGACGCUGGAUUAACGAGUAUGGUCUCCAACAUCGACAUCCUGGGGUCAGAGCUUUUGGUGGCGGCGCCGGCCGUGUUGGUCAUCCCGGUGUGGGCCAUCGUGCUGAUCGCCGCCAUCCUGCUGCUGCUGGCCGUCGCCUCGUGCGUCGUGCUUUCGUCGCGGAACACCGGCAAAUAUGACUGCGUCGAGAGCUGAGAUAUGCCAAAGAGAGGAUGUGGGCGCGCGUUCUAUGUCAUGUGAUUUUGCAUUGCAUGGUUUUAGCCAGUGAAUCUUCUCGGCAAAUAUGAUAGCUUAAAGUUAUCUUAAAAUGUAUAGACUAUAAUUUGACAUGUGCUUUUAACCCUGUGGUAAUUCAGGAGGCCUUCAUGGAUUCAUGCUUCAUUUUCAAGCAUUUGUGUUGGCACUGUAUAAUACAUGCAUAAAGAUAUGGCUAUUCCAUACAGAUUUUGUAGUAGUUAUACUAUACUGUAUAUAACAAUUAUAGUUAGAAAGUAACAUGACUCUAAUAUAACUUAAUUCUACUUUAUUGAAGCUACAGAACCAUUACGGUUCUCUGUAUAUUAAACAGUUGCUUUUGGAAAAGUUCUUUCAACCUGUCUGAUUUACUUACUUGCAUUUCACAGAGUGCUGCGUUCUUACAAAUCCGAUGUGCUUAUAUGUGUACCUGAUGGAAAUGACAUGGGGGUUGAGCUCUAACGGGAAGCAAGAUAGUCAGUAGAAACAGAAAUACGUUCACCGCAGCAGCAAAAGUCACUAGCUUGUUUACAUUGCCAAGAAAGCUUGGGGCUAGAAAUAGACUUCAUUAAUAAUGCAACAAAAACAACAAAAAGACCUUAUGUGUAUACGGAUGUUUGAAUAUCAGUUACCAAAAACAAGCAACCAAAAAUCAGAGAAGAGAAAGGUCAUAAUAAUUUUUUUUUAAACAUCAACAACAGUACUCUUAAUUCAGACAGAUCCUAUAAUAAUUAUGGUGCUUCCUUUCUGCUUUUUACGCUGAUUACAAACCGGUAUUGGGUGACGCAAAUGUACAUAGUGUCAAAAGUACAUUACUGAACGUUCUCCUUAGACAACGUCCACUUUUCGUAUGUUGUUCCCUAUGAUCGUUCUUUUCUGCUUAUUUUUCCAUCUCUACAUAUCAUUCAUUCACUCAUCUGAUCUCCUGGCCUAUAAACUCUCCUUGUUUCAUAUAAACCCUUUCCUCAUUUCCUUUUUUUUCAUUUCAUUUUCUCCUCUUGUCACGGAAUUGGCCAUUUAAUUCCACAAACGUCAUCCAGAAUAUUAGGAAACAGAAUUAUAUCGUUCUUGUCUCUGUCGUUAUCGGGUCGUGUAUCCUACAUAUUGUAUGGAAGAUAUUAUGUUCUAAUAAAACUGACAUGAGAAACUGG